AGUUCGUUUGCACAGUCUUUCAAAAUCAAGUGAAAGAGCUAUGGGAAUUUGUUUUCACGACACGUCACAGUAGUGUGAGUACUAUUAUCCAGGACAUUGUCCGAAACGUCAACUGACUCAGAGUGGGAACGAAAAUGGCUCAAGGAUCCUUUAGUGAAAAUGAGAGGCCAGUUGAAUCUCUCCAAAAAUGUGUUUUGUUUCUUCGAGACAAUAUACACAGAGAGAAAUUGUUAAUUGAUCACUUGCUUGCUGAGUCAGAACUUUCUGAUGAAGAGAAACAAGGACUGAAAGAAGGGAAGGAUUACAUCUGUAUUGGGAAGGAACUGAAGUCAUUUCUGAGGAAUGGACCUGAAAAAUGCAAAGAACUUCUAAAUGUUUUCAAGCAGACACCAUUAUUCAAAGAGUUCAAAGAGCAAGAGAAAAAGGAAACUGUUGAGGCUGAAAAAGAAAAUUUAACACUUAACUCUAUCAGGGAGCAUAGGGAAGUUUUAUUGGAAGAGUUGGAACCUUCAUUAAUAAAUGACAUUCUCCUUGAGAACUCUGUUAUACGAAUUGAGGAACAUGAUGAAGCAGAAAGAGAUGUUAACAGGAAAGAAAAAUGUCGAGUUGUGUUGUCCCUACCUGAAAAACACCCAGAUGUACUGGAGAAGUUUAAGUAUGCAAUGCAAAGAUCCAAAUGUCUCCAAGCACUGGAUAUGAUGAAAGGCAUUCAUACAAAAAAGCCAGGAAAAAGACACAAUUUUUUGGUUGAUCCAGAAUAUCUGCAUUCCAAUUAUGAGUUCCUAGUUGAUGAGAUUGAACCAGGUCCACUUAGUAAUAUCCUGAUAGAACAGAAAAUUUUAGAUAUGAAUGAACUUGAGAGAAUAAAGAGUAAGCCUUCAAGAAAACAGCAAGCUAAGGGUAUCUUACAUUGGCUAACAGAUAGCUUUGGUAGGCAUGACCAAUCAGAAUCAGUGCUUAACAAAUUUGGACAUUGUCUAGAGGAGCUGGGAUGGGAGGCAGUGAUGAGAAAACUGAAAGGGAAAGAUUCGCCUGUCGAGGACUUCAUAGAAUGCCAUAAUACAGGUAAAGAAGAGGAGGGAUUCAUCAUUUUGAAACCAGAAGAAACAGGACAGCAGCCUGUUUAUGAAGGAAAACUUCCUUCCAAGUUGGUCUUUACUUUAUCUAUUCCUGAGAAAGUUGAUCAAAGUAAGGUAGCAGAAGCCAUUAAGUUUUUAAACCGAGACACAGAAUUAUGCACUAGACUCUCUCAACUCACACACAUGAAAAUCGACAAGGCUGAGGGGUCCCUUGUCCUACACCUGACCUCCCUCACGGAGGAGGCAGGACAGCGUUUCCUGGCUGAUGGUGGUCGGUUAGUCAAGGAAGUGGCCACAACUGUGUUAGACUUGGUAGACUUUUCAGAAAAAUUAUAUGAUGACAAGAAACCAUUGGACAUACAAGUAACAGUCUCUGCAGCUGUAUCAGAUUCCAGCAAAAGAGAAGACAUAUCAAAUAUUCAUCGUAAAAUUCAACUGAAAAUACAAGAGAACUGGGAUUUACUGAUUGAUGAGCUGGAACCCUGUCUAAUGUUAUCUUGCUUAAAAAAGAACGGUCUGAUGACUGAGAAGGAUGAAAGCUGUAUUCUGGAGUCAAAUGAACGUAGAGCUAGGGUUGUUGCCUUUUUACAGACUCUCUUAAAGACAUCAAAUGUUGGCAUGUUGGAUUAUUUUGUCCAAAUUCUGAAAAAAUUGGAUAAAUCUGACCUUGCUGAAAAAUUAGAGUCAGGAGAUGUGGACAUUGCACACCAAGAAGCAGAAAUGGUCAGGAAAUGUCUUCUUCUGCAUUUUAAUGAAGCUUUGGAGGAAAUUGACUCUUGUAUGAUACAGGACACUCUGACAAAGUGUGGGGACCCUGUACCAGAUAACAUCAGACCCAAGUCUGGCUUCAGUAGGAGGGGGAGGGCAUACAACUUUCUUAUUUAUGUGUUUGGAAGUGAUGGACUUGUACUGGUAUUAAAGAAGGUCGUUGAACACAGAGGAAUGGGACAUUUUUUCAAUAUUUUCCAUGCAGACAUAGAAGAAAGCACCAAGGGUAAAAAUACAAGCACUAGUAAGGAGGAAUUAAAGGAGAAUGUCUUCUUUGACUGUAAAUAUACAUCAUCAUUGAAAGAAGGAUACAAACCUUCCUAUGGAUAUAUGGGACCAGAUGUUACGUGGGAAAUUAAAAACCAAUUGAUGUUUGAAUUUACAAGAGAGGGAAUGACCAUCAGAACACAUCACAGAGUACCCCACAGGGUCGUGAAUGAACACAGAAGGAUAAUGGAAUGUCCACCACAACGAUGCUACAGGCGUUACAAAAAAGACAGAAGCAUACCAGUGACAUUUCCUUCAGAGGGAAAAAGGACCUGGCAGGUUGUUGCUGCGAUUGACUUUGGGACAGCCUACUCUGGUUUUGCGUUUUCCAUGAGAGACAAUCAAUUUGAUGUUGUAGCAGGAAAAUGGAAGACUCAUUCCUCAGACCUACUGGAAUCUCCCAAAACUCCAACUUCUCUCUUACUUACAAGCAAUAAUGAAUUUGUCGCAUUUGGCUACGAGGCAGAGAAACAGUUCAGGGAGCUGGUGGAAGAGGACAAACACAGGGAUUUCCGCUUCUUUAAUCACUUCAAAAUGGUGUUAUUCAGAGGAAAAAUACUUGAUACGACAGUAGAGGUCCUGGACCACAUGAAUCGUCCAAUGAAGGCUCUUGAUGUAUUAUCACUUGCAAUAAAAAACCUGUAUGAUCAGUGUUCUGAGACUUUGAGGGAAAAAAGCAUUAAGAAGGAGGAUAUACGCUGGGUGGUAACAGUACCUGCCAUCUGGGAUGAAUUCGCAAAACAGUUCAUGAGAAAUGCAGCAGAAAAGGCUGGUAUUCCUAGAAAUCAGUUAACUCUUGUCCUUGAACCUGAGGCAGCAGCUAUUUAUAUCAUCAAAGGGUCUCGGACUGACCUAACCAGUAAAUCCAUUAACAAGUACAGCAGGGGCACACAGAUUCUGCUUGUCGAUCUAGGAGGUGGUACAGCAGAUUUCUCUUUGAUUGGUAUCAGUGGGGAUAGGAAACUUGAGGUGCUACACAAAGCCAGUGGAGGGGCCUUAGGGGGAAACACGAUCAACACCAAAGUCUGGGAAAUUCUAGAAAAUCUUCUUGGGAAAAAUGUCAUUGAUGAAUUCAAAAAACAAACAUCAGACUGUAUGGAAAUGGAAAGUAACAUAGAAUUAAAAAAGAGAGACCUCUCUUCUGAAAGUAAAUUACAGUUAACGAUGUUUCCUUCUCUUUCUGAGACAUGCAAAAACUUGACAGGGAAAACCUAUAAAGACCUUGUAGGGGAAUCCCAAUAUGCAAACCUCGUAAAAGUUCGCACUGGGAAAAUUAUAUUUGAGCAUGAAUUGAUUGACCAAAUGUUUGAACUUACAUUGGCAGAAUCUUUUUAUAUAAUGGAUAAACUUUUAAAGAAUGGUAGCAAUGUUCAGGACAUAGUGCUUGUAGGGGGAUUUUCUGAUUCAGAAAUUAUCCAAAAGCAAUUUAAGGAACGGUUCAGUGACUAUGAGGUGAUAAUUCCUGCUGAUGCAGGACUAGCAGUGCUGAAAGGAGCUGUUAUUUUUGGGCAUAAUGAAAACCUCAUCAAAUCUAGAAUUUGUCCCUUCACAUAUGGAAUUGAAGUCCUGCGGUUUUGGUUGGCCUCUGAUCCAGAAAGUAGCAAAAAAAUAAUAAAUGGAACAUCUUAUUGUACUGGAAUUUUUGAUGAACUUGUCACUAUUGGAGAUACUGUGGAAGUUGGAAAAACAGUUGAAAGAGAAUUCUUUGCUCCUAGUAACAUAGCCAAAAAUUUACAGUUAAAAUUUUAUCGAACUGAUAAGCGAGAUGUACAGAGUGUUACAGAUGAAGGCUGUGAGUGUAUUGGUAUAGUAAAAAUUAAUUUAUCAGGCCCACUGGAUGGAACUGAACAUGCUGUGCGUUUGUCCUUUAAAUUUGGUGAGGCAGAAAUCACUGUGUGUGGAUUUGACAAAAUGACUGGGCAGCUAAUAAAUACUGAGGUUGAUUUUCUUGGAAAGAGUCAUUCAGCUUCAUAGUAAUCCAUCAACUAGACAUUUAUCUACAGACGUAUACAAGAAGAAUUCUGAUAUUUUUAUACACGAUUAAACUUUUUAACAUAUUAUUAAUGAUAUCAUUAUCUAUUUUAUUGUUUUAUUUGUAAUUCACAAAUCUAAAGAAGCAAGAUUA